CCGCUUCUAAGUGCUGUAAAUUCUGUUGUGUAAUGUAAAAAAGAAAUCUAUAUUUUGACAUAAUUUCUAUGGGAUCUUGAAAUUUCCUGGUGUAUAAAGGAAUAAAUUUUCAUUCCUGCUAACUUACUGUUUUGAAGAUGGCUUAUCAUGAUAAUCUCCGAACCAUCCCAUUAGCAUCAGAGUCUGAAGAAGAUGGAGAAAUUGAAAAAGAGAGUUCUGCCCAAAAAGAUGUAUCCAAUGACGAUAGUGAAAGUUCAAAAGAAGAUAAUGACGACUCUCUAGAUAUUAAGCCGCCACAAGCAAAUCUGAAGUCCAGAGAUAGUGGUCAUCGUCAUGAAGAUAAAAAGAAGAGUAGGCAUUCAAGAAAACAUGAAUCAAGAAGACGAGAACACCACCGAACACAUGAACGAAAUCCCAGACGGGAAGGUAGGUCUUCUCGACCGGCAGACUCAAGUAGGAAAGGAAACAGAGAGAUGGAAAAUCGUACAGUCCGUUACAGGGACGAACCAAUCAAUAGGGAGAAGGAGCGAGAGUUCCGUAAAGGUAUCGAAACAACUGUUGUGAGGGAUGUCCGGGACAUCAGAGUCAAAAAAGAUCUCCGAGAGGGUAGAGAGAGGAUAGUGGAAGCAAAAAGCAAAGAAGAAAGGCAUUCUGAUGGGAUUGAAGAGAAUAUGGCCUACUGGAGGAACAAACGACUUAAGUUUAUUGAAAGACAAAGAGAGCAGGACAGAGGACAACCAGAAAGAAAUUUUUCUCGAAGAGAAGCAGAAAGUCAGGCAUCUGGGAGAGAUCUACGUGAGAAACUUCGUGAAAAAGAGAGGCUCCAGCAGGAGAAGGAGAGACGUUUGGAAAGAUUUCGAAGCCCUUCUAAAGAUCAUGAAUCAGGUGCUCCACCUUCAGAAGAAAAGAAAAGUAAAAGUCUUCAUAUAUCUCCUGAGCCCUUUGUUGAUGAAGAACAAAUGGAAUAUGAGGAUAAGGAGGUAGAAAUUAGUGAAGAAAGUGAUGUACAGAGUGAUGAUAAAGAUGACACUGAAAGUGAAUCAGAUAGCAGUGACAGUGACACAGAAGAUUCCAGUCAUUCAAAAAUGGAUGAAGAUGAAGGUCAUGGUCAGGAAUCAUCAGGUGAAGAAGAGGAAGAACCAACCCCUUCCUCUGAACAGAAAGUAGAGGAAACUCCAAAGCCGGCUUCCCCACCAAAACCACCUCCUGCCCCAGAAACAGCUCCUAAGCUCCCUCCUUACUUGCCAGCCAUCCAAGGUUGUCGCAGCGUGGAGGAGUUUCACUGCCUCAACCGUAUUGAAGAGGGAACCUACGGAGUCGUCUACAGAGCAAGGGAUAAGAGAACAGAUGAAAUUGUGGCUUUGAAACGAUUGAAAAUGGAGAAAGAAAAAGAAGGCUUCCCCAUCACUUCCCUUCGUGAAAUUAAUACACUGUUGAAAGCUCAACACGACAAUAUUGUGACUGUUCGGGAAAUUGUUGUUGGGAGCAACAUGGACAAAAUUUACAUAGUCAUGGACUAUGUUGAACAUGACUUGAAAAGUUUAAUGGAAACAAUGAAGCAACCAUUUUUAGUUGGUGAAGUGAAAACACUAAUGAUUCAGCUAUUGUGUGCAGUUGCACAUCUACAUGACAAUUGGAUACUUCAUAGAGAUCUCAAGACAUCCAAUCUGUUACUGAGUCAUAAAGGUAUCCUUAAGGUUGGGGAUUUUGGACUGGCAAGAGAAUAUGGCUCACCUCUUAAACCUUACACUCCUAUUGUUGUCACCUUGUGGUACAGGGCACCAGAGCUAUUGCUUGGAACAAAACAAUAUUCAACACCGAUCGAUUUAUGGUCUGUGGGUUGUAUCUUUGGAGAGCUGCUCACCAUGAAACCUCUGUUCCCUGGAAAAUCUGAGAUUGAUCAACUGAACAGGAUUUUCAAAGAUCUGGGUACCCCAAGUGAAAAAAUAUGGCCCGGAUACAGCGAAUUACCUUUGGUGAAAAAAGUAACCUUCACAGAAUACCCUUAUAACAAUCUAAGGAGUCGCUUUGGGCACAAUUUUACAGAUCUUGGCUUUGAUCUUUUGAAUAGAUUCCUGACAUACAAUCCGACUCGACGAAUCACUGCUGAGGAGGCACGCAAGCAUGAAUUCUUUAAUGAGAAACCCAAGCCCAUCGCUCCUUCCAUGUUUCCCACUUGGCCAGCCAAGAGCGAGCAAAUGCACCGGAAGCAGGUGCACAGCCCUAAACCUCCUUCUGGUGGAAAACAGUACGCUAGGCAGAUGGGUGAAGCAGAUGAUGAAGGUCUGAUGGCUGCAGCAGGAUUUCACAUGGCCGGUGCACAAGAGGGACACUCAGCAAAAGGACCUGGUUUUAGCCUGAAGUUUUGAUUCUACAAAAUGAGCCUGUAACUUUCAAUGAACAUUUUAUGUACAGCAUGUAUCAUCUGUUUUCUCAUACAGUCAAAUCUCUUGACUUCCAAGCUCAUUUCUCAAUAAAAAGAAUAAUUUAUUUUAAAGAAA